UGUCGUACGAGACGCGGCGAUGCGACAUUGGGUACUCUCGGAGCGCGGUUCAGUCGGGUUCAGUGCGGCGAAGUUCGCCGAUGGGAGCAUCGGUCUCGCGCGUCACUCGAUCACGUCCGUAACGCGGUAAAUCUGCGUGCAAUUACAGAAUCGUCAACCCGACUUGCAUUCCGCAUUCCGAGAGACUCGUCCCCGUCUGAAGAUUCUGCGUCUCACGGUCGCCGCGAUCAGAAGGAUGACGACGGCGGUCGACAAGGAGGAAGCACGGAAACGCUUGACGCCGUUGCAGUGGCAUGUGACGCAGGAAAAGGGCACGGAGAGGCCGUUUACUGGUUGUUACGAUAAAUUCUACCAGAAGGGCACGUACGCCUGUAUCGUGUGCGAUCAGGAAUUAUUCUCUUCGGACACCAAAUACGACAGCGGAUGCGGGUGGCCUGCGUUCAACGAGGUUUUAGAUCAGGGACGCAUCAAACUGACUAAAGACACCUCUCACAUCGGCGGCAAUCUACUACUGCUGAUCGCAAACCCAGAUAAGGUGCGGACCGAGGUGACCUGUUCAAAAUGCGACGCGCACCUGGGCCACGUGUUCAGCGACGGGCCGAAGCCUGCGGGGAAGCGCUUCUGCAUCAAUUCCGCAUCUAUAAACUUCCAUUCGGCGGGAGAAGAGAAAAGCUCCGUGUAAAACAAGCCCGCGUGCAAAUGAAAUUUUGCUUCCGAUAUUUACAGAAAGACUCGUGUGUGUGUGUGGGAGUUUUAUCACGUGUUACACAUAUUUUAAAUACCUCCGAUUUUUACUUGUACAAAGUACAUUGUAAAGAGAUAGAAUAACAAUGUAUCAUUAAUUGUUAUUGUCAAGUUUUUAAAUAGAAUUUCUGUAUAAAAAAAAGUGGAAGUUUCGUCAUUGUAGAUCGUAAUAGAAAAUAUUUAAAUAUUUUACCACUCCUGAUACGGUGAACAUUAUCUACGUCGACUACCAUAUUUGUUCGACCUAUUGCAGCAUUUAAUCGUAUACAACUUUCGUGUAUACUGCGAAUAUUCCUGUCCAUGUUGUAGCUUCCACCAAAGUCAAAGUAUGCUAUUCACGUGGAGAUGGCACGUUUCCGACUUUCCGUACGUGAUGAGAGGCUAACUCUGUACUGUCAGUUCCCUCGAGUCUCUGUAUUGUAUACCUCCUUACUGUCAAUAUUACAAAUCGAUAUGUAUAUAUUCGUACCAAAGAAAGUAUAAUAUCUGCAAUGAAAUGUAUGUAUCACUAGUUGUAUGCACGUAUAUUGUAUGACGCGAGAAAAUGCAAUAUCGGAGAGGCGAUAAAUAUAUUGAACCAAAAGAUAUUAUUUUUCCAAUGUUAUAUAAAUCGUCAUAGUGUGUAAUGUAAAUACUGUACUCCAAACUAAUAUAUUUAAUGAGGAGCGAACGUACAGUGGCCAGUGAUUUUGUGGUUCCCUUAAUUAAUACUGUUAGGUAGGAAGGGCGUUUCGUAUGAAUAACAUGUUUGUUAUAAAAUGUUUCCUUAUAUUGUAACGUUUCAAAACAAACUGAAAGGUGUUAUAGUACAAUAUAUACGC